CACUGAUUUUAGAUUUUGCCACUUUGUCGGCGUGGUUGGGAAUUUAUGAAGUAUUUCAUAUUGCGGGAAGCCGUAGAGCAUAAUGAGUUCUGCAACACCUUUGAAUGGUCGGUGUGAACUUAUACCAACCGAAUUUCCUUUUCCAUUUCAACAUCUCUCAUCUUCCACCAAUCCGUCAAACCUGUCUUCAUCUUGUUUAAUAACCAUUGCAACAAGAACAAUAUUUGGAUGAUAAUUCAGCUGAGAGGGCUAGCACUCACGGGCUUCUGCCCUGCACAGAGUUAUUACAAGGAGGACCUCACACACAUGCCUGUCGACAGCUGACUCUAUAUAUCUAUGCAGUGCACCGACAGGCAACCGAAAUUCUGGGUUUAAGCUACUAAUCAGCGUCAUUGUUAACCAUGGGGAAAAUACAUGAAGAAAAUGAUUGUUGGUCAUGUUUCAGGGGUUCCCAUUCUAAACGGACAGUUAACAAAGAGCUGGACCCAGUUCUGCUGGUGCCUGGAAUUGCAGGGUCAAUUCUGAAUGCAGUGAGUAACAAGGAUGAAAGCUCGGAGCGAGUUUGGGUAAGGAUACUUCUGGCCUCGUGCGAGUUCAAGAAGAAGCUCUGGUCUAUUUACAAUCCUUCAACAGGAUAUGCGGAAUCUUUGGAUCCCAAUAUUAGAAUUGAAGUUCCAGAUGAUGACAGUGGUCUUUUUGCGAUUGACAUGCUAGAUCCUUCAUGGCUAGCAAAACUUCUUCAUUUGGAUGUGUUAUACUAUUUUCAUGAUCUGAUUGAUACAAUGCUCGACUGGGGUUAUGAAAAGGGUGUCACAUUGUUUGGAUAUGGAUUUGAUUUUCGACAAAGCAAUAGAAUUGGAAAAUCCAUGGAUGGCCUGAGAAAAAAACUAGAAACAGCCUACAAGGCUUCGGGGGGGAAGAAAGUGAAUAUAAUUUCACAUUCGAUGGGUGGUUUGCUUGUCAAAUGUUUCCUUUCACUACAUCAAGAUAUAUUUGAGAAAUAUGUUAACACAUGGAUAUCUAUUGCUUCUCCCUUCCAAGGUUGUCCAGGAUUCAUUAACGAUUGCCUUUUGACUGGCAUGCAAUUUGUUUAUGGGUUAGAGAGCUUCUUGUUUAUAUCCAGAUGGACCAUGCAUCAAUUGUUGGUUGAGUGCCCAUCAAUCUAUGAGAUGAUGACUAAUAUUGAAUUUAAAUGGAAGAAGUUGCCACAAAUACAAAUUUGGCGGAAAAUAAAUACAAAUGCAGGGGAACCUUCUGUUGAACUUGAAUCAUUUGGUCCUAAAGAAAGUAUUUUUAUUUUUCAAGAAGCAUUGAAGGGUAACAAGUUAACAUAUGAUGGUAGGUCUAUACCUUUACCAUUCAAUAUGGAUAUAUUUAAAUGGUCAGAGGAAACUCGCCAAAUUCUAGGUACAGCACAACUACCAGAAGGAAUUAAAUUCUACAAUAUAUUUGGCACAACAUAUGAGACGCCUUUUAGUGUAUGCUAUGGAACACAGACUUCCCCAAUUGGCAACUUGGAAGAAAUUUGCAACUCAAAGCCUCAAUACUCUUGUGUCGAUGGAGAUGGAACCAUUCCGGCAGAGUCUGCAAUGGCUGAUGGGUUUAAUGCAGUGGCCAGAGUUGGACUUCCUGCAACGCAUCGAGGUCUAAUGAUAGAUGAAAAUGUAUUUCAACUUCUGAAACAAUGGUUGGGAGUAGAAAAGCCAACUCUAUUCAAUAACUCACUCUAUACCUAUUCUAUAUUAUUUCAACCCAUUGAGAAUGAAAGUGAAAAUUCUGAAGUAGACCCAGUAUUCAUUCAGAUUACUAACCAAGAUGCUGAUAUACCCAUGUCAUGGAAGCUUUGAAGCAAUGUAGCAACGCUCCAUGACAGUGUAGAUCUUAUUGUUUGAUGGCCAUACAUAUUGUAUUUGGUGAUAUCAACAUUUGUUUUUUGUUGGAGGAUAGAUGCCUUGAUCUUUUUGGUAACCCAUUGGUAUCCUGACCACAAAUCAUUUCAGAUGCACUAAUAAUUGACCUCCUUAAGCUUAGCAUGAAUGAUUCCAACCUAUUUAGAGUUAAUGGAUUGCAGAUAAUGCAUGAAAUCCACUAUGUUCUGUAAAAAGUCUUUGUGAUGACAACAUUCUUAUGGAAAAACAUUUAAUGAUUGUUAACUUAAACAACAUUAUUAGCAUUAAUGUACAAGGUUUGUUAGA